AGCGAAGCGAAGCCGAGAACAGUGGCGACGCAGCAGCGCCGCUGACACAAGUGGCGGGACUGAGCAGUCGUUUCUACUCCCUCUAUCGUAGCUUCAGCCAGCUGCAGCGUUCUCACAGGCACUGGAACUAUAGAGGUUUUACACCCACACCGCCGGCAUUGGACUUCAUCUGUAGAUCCUGUGCUGGAGUAGCGGAGGGGGAUUCUUCUUCCCCCUACCACCACCAUCGUGGACGGAGGAGUUGUGCGUGUUACGCCGUGUCUACUCUGUAAUGGACAAAAGUGGACUGAGGAGUGGAGUAGCGCUGGAGGGUUCGAGUCUGAUGAGAAUGUGCGCCACUUCGGGGAUACUGGCUCUCUUGGUGCUCGCACACGCAGGAGUCGCUCAAGUGAGGGAUGAGGAUGAUUUCCUUAGCCUGAGUGAACUCCCUGAAACCUUCCCCUCCGACCCUCCAGAGCCUUUACCGCACUUCUUGUUCGAACCCGAUGAAGGCUACAUCGUCAAGAAUAAGCCCGUCAAUCUGUACUGCAAAGCGACCCCUGCCACGCAGAUUUAUUUUAAAUGCAACAGUGAGUGGGUUCAUCAGAAAGACCACACCGUGGAGGAGAGAGUUGAUGAAAAUUCAGGUCUAGUUGUAAGAGAAGCCAGUAUAGAAAUCACGCGGCAGCAAGUUGAGGAGCUAUUUGGUCCUGAAGAUUAUUGGUGUCAGUGUGUGGCCUGGAGCUCUGCUGGAACCACCAAAAGCCGCAAGGCACACGUCCGCAUUGCAUACCUGAAGAAGUCAUUCGAACAAGAACCCCUUGGAAAGGAAGUGUCGCUGGAGCAGGAGGUGCUGCUACAGUGUCGUCCUCCGGAGGGAAUACCAGCUGCAGAGGUGGAGUGGUUAAAGAAUGAAGAGAUAAUUGACCCAGCAGAGGACAGAAACUUUUAUAUCACUAUUGACCACAACUUGAUCAUUAAACAGGCGCGUCUGUCUGACACAGCCAACUAUACAUGUGUAGCGAAGAACAUUGUGGCCAAAAGACGAAGUACUACAGCCACUGUUAUUGUGUAUGUAAAUGGUGGCUGGUCCACAUGGACAGAGUGGUCCCCUUGUAACAGUCGGUGUGGACGAGGCUUCCAGAAACGAACCAGAAGCUGCACCAACCCUGCUCCCCUUAAUGGAGGACUGCCUUGUGAUGGACAGGCCAUACAGAAGCUUCCCUGCACAACACUGUGCACUGUGGACGGAGUGUGGACAGACUGGAGUAAGUGGUCAGCCUGUGGGACAGAAUGCACUCAAUACAGGAGGAGAGAGUGCAGUAACCCUGCUCCUAAAAAUGGUGGAAAGGACUGUGAGGGUCUGGUGCUCCAGUCUCAGAACUGUACUGACGGGCUCUGUAUGCAAAGUUCAUUGUUUCAGAAGUCCACUGAGCCCAAAGAACAGAGUGCUUUGGGAGUUCCAUCUGCCCCAAGUUCAGAUGACGUGGCUCUCUAUGUGGGCAUCGUCAUCGCCGUGAUUAUGUGCCUGUUCAUCUCAGCCAUUGUGGCACUCUUUGUAUAUCGCAAGACGCACCGCGACUUUGACUCGGACAUCAUUGACACCUCUGCCCUGAAUGGAGGCUUUCAGUCUGUUAAUAUAAAGACCGCCAGAUCAGCUGAUCUACUCACGGCCCCUCCGGACCUGACCAAUGCAGCUGCUAUGUAUCGUGGCCCGGUUUAUGCACUUCACGACGUCUCUGAUAAAAUUCCGAUGACCAACUCCCCUCUCCUGGAUCCUCUUCCUAACUUGAAGAUCAAAGUCUACAACUCAUCAGGUCUGGUCACACCACCAGAUGACCUCGGUGGGGACUUCUCUUCGAAAUUGUCUCCUAAGGUUACUCAGUCUUUGUUGGAUAACAGUGACAGCCUGAACCUUCGUAGCCAGAGCUUAGCCCGGACCAGAGAUCCCUCCUGCACUGCUCAUGGAUCCUUCAAUAGUCAGGGAGGACACCUCAUCGUACCCAACUCAGGUGUGAGCUUGUUGGUGCCAGCAGGCGCUGUCCCACAGGGUAGAGUGUAUGAGAUGCACGUGACUGUGCACAGGAAGGACAACUUAAGACCCCCGGUUGAAGACAUCCAGACGGUUCUCAGCCCAGUGGUGAGUUGUGGACCCCCAGGAGUCCUGCUGACCAGACCAGUGAUCCUGACCAUCCACCACUGUGCAGACAACGUUCAUGAAGACUGGCUCAUACAGCUCAAGAAUCAGCUGCCCAUGGGAGAAUGGGAGGACGUGGUUGUAGUGGGAGAGGAGAACUUCACCACCCCCUGCUAUGUGCAGAUGGACUCGGAGGCAUGUCACAUUUUGACAGAGACACUGGGGACUUACUGCCUGGUGGGCCAGUCAAUUGGCAAAGCAGCCGGCAAAAGGCUCAAACUGGCAAUUUUUGGGCCCGUCUCAUGCACAACGUUGGACUAUCACAUCAGGAUUUAUUGUUUGGACGACACUCAGGAUGCACUCAAGGAGGUUCUUCAGAUGGAGACCCAAAUGGGAGGGAAGCUUCUGGAUGAGCCAAAGACGCUGAACUUCAAAGACAGCACACAUAAUCUGAGACUGUCAAUCCAUGACGUUCCACACACACAUUGGAAGAGUAAACUUAUCGCAAAAUAUCAGGAGAUACCAUUCUACCAGGUGUGGAGUGGCUGUCAGAGAACUCUUCACUGUACCUUCACCCUGGAGAGAUUGAGUGCAGCCACUACAGAGAUCAGCUGCAAACUGUGUGUGCGGCAGGUAGAAGGAGAAGGGCAGAUCUUUCAGAUCAGCAGCACGUUAGAGGAGGAAGUCCAGUGCAUAGACACAUCCCUGAUGGACCCUGCCAGUAAUAUCACAACCUUAAUGGGGCCUAAUGCCUUCCGUAUUCCUUUAUCCAUCAGACACAAGUUGUGUGGCAGUUUGGAUGCACCACAGACCAGAGGCAAUGACUGGAGGAUGCUGGCUCACAAACUCAACCUUGACAGAUACCUGAACUACUUUGCCACCAAGUCCAGUCCAACGGGUGUCAUUCUGGAUCUCUGGGAAGCCCAGCAUUUUCCUGAUGGAGAUCUAAACGAACUGGCCGCUGUGCUGGAAGAAAUGGGCCGUCACGACAGCAACCUUCCCUCCAUGACAUCAGAACACUGACAGAGACGUUUUCGUUAUGAUGACGGCAAAACUCCCGAGAUAAUAACAUGUGGGUUGUUUGUGGUGGAUGCUGCUGAUGAACCGAUUAGAUGAAGUGAAAGAAAAGCUGUCACUAUGGUGAUUGAGCACUCUUUAAAUACAGUGGUAAUCAAGCGGAUGUGGUAAAAGAAAUAGGUGCUCAAGCUGGUGCUGAGUCUUUCCGUGUGAUUACAGGAGAGCUAAACCAGGAGCAAAGGGAAUUUAUACACGCGGUAAAAAAGAUUUUCGCAAAUCAAAAAUUUCUUCAGCAACAGCCAGAGACGGCAAAGGAAACGGUGGAAACAGGGAUACUGACCUUGAAAUCAUCGAUGGGAAGGGAACAGAAUCAUAAAGGAAGCAAGGCUAAACCAAUUACAGAGGAGCAGGGAAUGGUAGAUUGAGGAUAAACAAAGACGCAGGUAGACUCUUCACAAAGAUGAGAGCAAACACAGAGAGCAGCUAAACUGAUUACAGAGCAGAGGGAGGACAUCAACAUAAAGUGAUGGAAGCAGCGGGCAGGCGACCAUCUGGAUGAAAAGCAGAUAAUGAGAGCGGAGAUGAAGAAGAAGAAACUCUUUUCUUGUGAGCCCUGGCUGUACGUGUUUGUCAGUACAGUUUGUCGUCUUUAUAUUGUCUCUUAGGGAAGGCUCUAUGUAUCAUGCUGUCUGUAUGCGUGGCUCAUUUCCUGCCUCAGAUUUUCUGAUUGCAGCACUUGUUAAUCAGGAUUCCUGACCAGAAACAAGUCUGAAGAAACAGGCCUUUAACCCUUUUGGUUGUUUUUAAAUGGUCUGUUUCAGUCUUUUUUUAGAUGGAGGUUGAACUCUGAGUGUGUUGUUUUUCUCUAACACACUCAAGGAUUUUAAAUCAUCAGGGUCAGGAGAGCAGGAGAGGCAAGAGAAUUUCGUUAGAUAAGCCAAUCCAAAGAUUGUGCCUCAGAUAGGCGCUGGUAAAAAAUAUUUUUUACCAUUGUUAGCAGUGGGAAUCUGAAAAAAAAAAGUUACCACUGCUCCUAUUCUGUCCUGUGUAUUUUUUGAAAUUAUUUUUAGCUUUCACAUUUAAAUCCAGCAGAGAGUUUUUCUUGACAGCAAAAUAAUCGCUGUCUUGCUAUUUGCAGCGGUGAUGCUGACUCUUUUUUUUUUUUUUUUUAAACCAAAACUUUUUUAUCCUGGAAGCUUUAGGCCAGACUGUUCAGGCUUGUUUCUGGAGAGGGUCUAACUCGGAGGAACAAGUGACACAAGAGUAUUUUUUAAAUCCAGUUAUAAACCAAAUCCAGUAUUAUGUGACAGUAUUUGUCCUUUCCAUCUUCACAGGAUGUCAGGUUAAAUGAUCUGACUGUGACUUUGUUGGUCACUGGCACCAUCUAGUGGCCUUGAAAGAAAUACAGCGUUAAAAAUGAACCUUUUCUUAUCUUUCUCAUUUUCACAGUGUAAAUACAUGGUUAUUUUUUUCGUUGUCAUGACAUUUUUGCCAUUGUAAUAUUUUUCCUUUGAUUAUUAAUAGUUGCAUAAAAGUUUUUGAUCAUAUUUUAUCAUGUAUUGUUUUUAACUACACUGAUGAGUAUCAUUUACUGUUUUUCCCUCUUAUCCAUUAGCAAUCAACAAUCCACGGCACAUUCUUUGUUUGAAAGAGUUAACAUCCACAGAACUGAUGGGGCCUUUGUUAAAUGAAUAAUGAUUAUUUUAAAAGUUUGGUUUGACUCAGGUCAACAGUUCCAUGUAAAUGAAGAACUCCAGAUCUGCGUUUUAUAAUGUUUAUCAUUUAAAUAGACAAUGUGAACAUUCAGCUCAAGGGAAAUGCAUAUAAAACGUUUGCAAAGAUGUACAGAGACAUGUCAUUUAACUGAACUCUUUUAUGAAAAGGAACUUCUGUAACAGGAUCUUGUACAAAGAGAAAGAACGUGAUUAAGCUGAGAUGAAGGACGAUAAAAUCUUUAAAUACUUUCCUGGAAAUCUUUUAGUAAUCCUCAUGGGAGGAUACCUUCAAACAAUGAUUUUCCAUUUCUAUUUUGAUAAUUGUUUUUAAGAAGUUAGAAAACUAAUAUAUAUAUACCUACUGCACAAAUUUAAAGCCAAUUGUAGAUGAAGAGGAUCACUGAAUAAUUUUGUUUUGAGAGCUCAAAAUUAAAGCGAUGUGUCUUGGAUUAUGUGUUUCGCAAAGGAUUUGCAGCCCUUGUGGUCUUCACACUUUAUUAUGUAAUAACCACAAGCAUAAAUUUACAGUACAAGCUGGGGAGAAAAUGAAACACCCAUCCAUUAUCUACACCCGGUUAUCCAUGCAGGAUCGUAGGGGAUGCUGGUGCUAUCAUUGGGAAAUUCUGAAAAGUGUGGUGUGCAUUUGGAUUUUCUGUAUAUUUAGGAUUAUUAUCUUGCCCGGGACACACAUGUUUUUCACAGGUUUUCUACAUAUUCGUCCAGCAGUUAGCUUUAUCCAUUUCCCAUCAGCUCUGGCCAGUUUUCCUGUCCC